AUGACUGACGCUGAGCUCGAUCGCGACUGGGUCCCCAACGGACGCCGACCCUUAUCCACUGUGGCACGCUCCUUCUCCCAAGAAUUGAUGGACAUCUUCCGCAUCGACAAUUCCGUUUCUGACCUUGAUCAGCAAGUUUCUGAGAGACGCAGCAACGUGGGCAAGAAUAACGAGGAACUUGCCAGCCUCGAAGCCCGUAUUCGCGAAAUGGAGGAUCGCCUCCGUCGCAACCAGGGUGGCAAGCCCGCUGAGCGAUCUCAACAAGCUCCCAAUGUUCCUCCGCCGCCUCCCCCAAAGGAUGAAAGCAAGUCGCGACCAGGUACGGCUCGCGCCCCUCAGCAAGCACCCAGCUCUGGCAACAUGCCCCCCACGCCUGGGGCCAGCGAAGGUGAUUAUUAUCUCGUGACCCAGGCUGAUUUGGACGACUCAUCUCGCUGA